CGUCACCGUUUCUCUUCUGAUAAAGAAACAUCGUAGAAAAUUUUAUGUGGCAAACGUCGCGAAAUACACAUCGGAAUUCGCUUUGAUUUGAAAUAUUUAAAGUUAAACAGAAACAAUGGACAAGAACCCUUUCGAAGAUGACGAAAACUCGUUUGCGGUAAGUUGUUUUUGAUGAAAUUUUAGCUUGUCUUUUUGCCUGUGUGUCAUGAAUGCCAAGCUUGGAGUAUGAUCGUGAACUUUCAAUAUUGUAUAUUUUGUGCUUCGUUUCCUGUUUGUUGGCUGCCAAAGGCUGUUUUUGUUUAUAGUUUAGGAACGUAUAGUUGUUUUUUUUUAUUUUAAAAGUAUCCGUGCUCAAAAUUAAAAGUCGUUUUGGAAAAUUCUACAAGUUUAUGUAGUUUUAUUGUUGGGAGGCAAUUAAUUAUAUUAAUAAAUAUGUUAAAUAUGACAUGACAAGGUAAUUCGGAUGUGAAAAUGAUGAAAUAUGUAAAAUGAUGGAUGGUUAAUAAUACAGGUAUUGCUAUGAUCUUAUAUACCAAAAUGAAAUUAAAUCCUACAAGUUGAAACAUAUUUUAUCACUUGCUAUCUUGGCCGAGAAAUAUUAAUAAUACAUGUUGAGCAUGUUUGUUACAAUUGAUCUUCAACUCUUCAAGACCAAUUUUGUAAUUCUUUCAAAAUUGAGGAGAAAUUGGGCGGGAUGAGUAACCUCUUAGAUGCUACAUUUCUUUGCCUCUAUUUGAAAUAUUUUGGAUUUACAAGAGUGCUAAUUUAAUUUGGAAACAAAUCGUAACAGCGUAGUGUAUAAGCCUAUGGGCUUAUUAUUAUUGAACAGAUAUUUAGGCCUAAAAAAAUACCUGUGGUUCCGGUUUCAUAUCGUGAAAAAAUUAGGGUUGGUAGGUCGGAAAUAAAUUUUCUUAAAAAUAUUUUUCCAUGGUUUUGGCAAUUUUUUGCUGGGCAAUUUGCAGUAGAGUCACGGCAUCAAUACUAACUAGAGAUGUGUAUUUCCUAUGGACGAAUUUAGGCAAUUUGGUUCAAUAAUUAGUGUGACAACAGAUGCCAUUUUGGCACACUGUAUGAGCAGCCUGCAACCACCCGGAGAAAAUAGGGUCGCACUGUCAAUCGCGUUGAAAAAAAAAUAGGGUCGGCAGAAAAAAAUAGGGUCGGUCGGGAACCAAAACCACAGGUAUUUUUAGGCCUUAUUAACGCAGCGACGGGGAUUCCAACAGCUCAGAGGAGUGACAAUAAUUAGAUUACAAUAUGUUAAUUAACCAUAUGUCAGCAUUUUGCAACAAUACUAAACUAAGCUUGUUCAUAGGAUCCAUCUGUUACUAAGGCAACCAAACCACAACCAGCCGCAGCCAAGUCAGGUACAGCAGGGUUUGAAGAUUAUAACCCUUUUGCUGAAGAUAAUGUGAGCAAAGUAUGUAUGCAACUAAUUACGUAUUUAAAUUGUUAAAACUUCAGCUCUUGCAUUUUGGAGAACAUUGAGUCCCAAUACAAGCUGACACCUGGUGAUUUUGGCAUCCAUUGGACAAUUGCCAACAUUUCCAACUAACCAAAGAAAUGUUAAUUUAAGGAAAAGGUUUCUUGCUUUUAUAACAUCAGGGUGUUAGCUGCGGUAAAAAAUUCAGCAUUAUGUGCAAAAAUAUAGGUAAAAUAUUCAGCAUUAGCCAGCAAUUUCACAAUUUUGUUCAGCCAAAAACGUAACUGUUAUAUAUAUAAAAGAUUGUUCAACUUCAACACUUUGCUAAAGAAAAAUUGGGUACCAGAUAAGUGUUGCGAGGAUCCUAGAAUAUAUAAUAUACUUAUCUGUUUUUAGUAUGCAAAACAAUAUCAGGUGACUUGCACUUUGAAAGUUACAAUUUAGUUCAGCUGGCGCAAGGCCACGAGAACGUCACUUAAGAAACAUGAUAUGUCCUCAAUGUCGCAAGCUAACUGAAAUUCCAAAUUUCAUUAAAUUGCCAAAUUUUUUAAUCUUUUGGCUAACACCCUGGACAUAAAUUUUACAUGAUACUCUUUGCUGAAUAUUUGGGUAUGACAAAAUCUACAAAAUACUCUCCAAAAAAUGGAAAUGGCAUUUCAGAUGGUCUAAAUUUGAAAAUCUUCACGGGGAAAAAUUCAUACAAAAUGCAAGAUCUUCACUCUUUAAUCUUUGUAGUAGAUAUAUGUAAGUCUUAUUUAAGCUGUACUCACGAGUCAUUCCUAUUUUCAGCCGGCGGAAUUUUCAAAUGUGACCAUCCCUCCGCCUCAACCGUCUGAGCCCGCAGUGAUUGAUACGAGAUCGGAACAACCAAAUUCAUCAUAUACUGCGGUAGGUGAAAUAUAACAAUAUCUCUCUGUUAUCAAAUUGAAACACUGUUGCUGACAUUUAAAUAUCUUCAUUGAUGUGCAGUAUUUGGCAAAAUGGAUUUAUUUCUAAACAAUUUAGGCAUGUUUUAUCAUUUGUCUAGAUUGCUGCCGAACAGGAAAACCUGGCCAAGAGACAAGAGGUAAACUGCCAGUCAAUAAAACCUUCUGAGAGAUAGCUCAAUGGGCACUGUAGAUUGGCAGUCCAGAGAUAUCUGAAGAUGCGAGCCGUUUAAAGGACAUUGGCAAUAAAAAAUUAGUUUAGUUCAUUUUGAAAGAACUCUAAAAAGUAAAACUACAUAUAUAUUAAACUCUAUUGCAGAUUGUUUCUAUCUUGCUUAGUUUUCAAAAUAUUUCGACUGCAAAAAGUGAUUUGUUCGCCAUCUUGGAUUAGAUACAGAUACAGAUAUUUCACAGCACACUCCCUAUAUCGGGGCUUUUCAGUGACUGGUUACAUUAUGAAUAGAUAGAUAGAACCGGACUGACGUGAAGCAGACCGAGGUAGGCUUUGAGCUUACAAAUGGCGCUUAAGCAGCCGCUAUUAGUCCAUACCUCAUUAAUGAUCUGUCUCCAGAGUCCAGACCUAUGUGCCUAACCCACCCUGUCAACUUUUCCUGUGGGAGGAAACACUGAGUACCCGGAGAAAACCCACGACUUUCGGUAGAGCGUUGAUUAUUGAGGAUAUGCAAGUUACGUCAAGAGAGGGGUCACGUUAUUUUUUAUCUUGAGAGUAGGCGAUCAAUAUGGGUCCAAAAUUUCGUUUCUGGUUGCUGUCUGAAAUUUACAAAUGAUUAAAAACAUUUCAAACAAUUUUGGAUUGUUACUUGGUCAUUUUAGAGUAAUUUUAUAUGGUUAACCCAACUCCUGACGUCAUCAAAACCAUAGUUGACGAGGUCAAGAAUUAGUCCAAGAAGGCAGACAGCUUCUGUCUAAAUAUUUCGAGAACUAAGCAAGAUAUGACACAUCGGUAAUAGAGUUUAAUGUGUAAUUUUAAGAGUUCUUUUGAAUGAGACAAACUAAUUUUUUAUUGCCAAUGUCCUUUAAAUCUGUUGUUCUCCGCAGUGAUUUAAUGAGAUUCGGCUAAUAUAGUGCCAGGGAGUUCGCCACAGAUUUCCCCAAUUACGGCGACCCUACAGUAGUGUCAUAAUAAUAUGAAACUAAGUUUAAAGAUAAAGAGCAGAGCCUAGCAAAUAACUUUAAAACCAAACAUAACAAAAGUAAAAAUUUAUUAGCUAACGUUUCGUUGUUUAUAAUACAACAUCUUCAGAGCAAUUAGCUCUAUUCUUGAUCUAAUUAAAUUUUACUUUUGUUAUGUUUGGAUUUAAAGUUAUUUGCUGGGCUCUGCUCUUUAUCUUUAAACUAAGAUUUCCGCCUGGUGUAUCAAGUGCCGCAAUUUGAAACUACUGUAGUUAAGUGUUAUAUAUCCUCGGAGAUAUAUCCUCCGAGGAUGGUUCUGAAAUAACCUUGGUCAAGAAUCUCCAUGUCAAAUUUCUAGGAGCUUGAGCGAAGAGCCGCUGAACUCCAUGAAAAAGAACAAGAGUUGAAACAAAUGAGAUACCGAGGUACUUGACUACCCAGAGGGAACCUCAUCUUUUUGUAAAAAGUUUGCAAAUGGUUCUUCAGAAAAUCGUUCUUGACUUGCUAUUAAUUAUAUUUUUCAUCUUUUAGAAAGGAAAAAUAAUUUCCCUCCAUUUCCACAGGGCUGUCCACUUACACCGUGUUUCUUUCAUGAUAUCAGCAUUGAUAUACCUCCGGACUAUCAGAGAACAAGCAGAAUGCUCUUUUAUGCCUGGGAAUGUAAGUGCCGGGGCAGGUUUUUCCGUUUUGGUGUAGGGAGAUGUUCAUCUGUAGUGAAUAUAAAGCCCUGGGCAAACUAGGAAACAUUGUUGUGGAAACAUUCGUGAUUCUUGAUGUUUCCUCAAAUGUUUCCAUGUUUGCCCACCCAUGGAAACAUUGUUGCGGAAACAAAUUUUGCUUUCGGAGAGGCAAAAAUGUUUCCUAGCAAAUUCAGAAACAUUUGAUGUUUCCCUAUGUUUCUCGCUAAUGUUUCCUAGUGUUUGCCCACUCUGGGAAACAUGACGAAACAUUGGUAGGAAACAAUGUUUCCGCAACAAUGUUUCCUAGUUUGCUCAGGGCUUUAAUGCCUAAAGCAUAUUUUGUUUCUGUCUUUGCAGUUUAUUGCUUUACGUUGUUGUACAACUUGGUGUGUGCCUUGGCGUACAUAUGUAUCGACACUGGUCCUGGAACGGUUACAUUCAUAGUUGCACUCAUUUUCUUCCUAAUAUUUGUCCCAUGUUCUUUCUGCCUGUGGUACCGACCGAGUUAUAAUGCUUUCAAGUAUGUUGGCCAGUUUAUAUACAGUAUAAUAUAUACCUUUAUAAUAUAGCAUUUGUAAAUUCUGAACGCUGAUUGGCUAAGAGCCGUGUUGAUAUAACUCAAUGUCAACACGGAAACGUCGGAAAAUUUAUUUCUUUAUAUUUCUUUGUGCUAUAUUAUAAAACAAAUGUAAAACUUUUUUCCGUAUUGAUAUAUAGUUAUAUCAACACUCGUGGAAAUUGGAAAAACUCGAAAUUGUGUGAAAACACUCCGCCCUUCGGGCGUCAUGUUUCCACACAAUUUCUCGUUUUCCCAAUUUCCACUCGUGUUGAUAUAACUGUAUAUCAACACGGAAAAUGUUUUAUAUUUGUUAAUUAAUCAUAAGAACAUCAUAACCUCUUAUCUUAGAUAGCUCCGGCUCCAACGCACAGCUCUACUGUACUUGGAAGGGCAAAUGUCUGGCCAAGCCAAAAAUUGGUCGGACACUCGGACAUUUAUCAGUUUUUCCAGGACAAUGGAUAAAGUAAAAUUUCUUUUUUUUUGAAUGCAUCUAAAACUUAGUAUUAAUAUAUCUACCGGUCCUAAUGCGUCAGUAAAUUAUGGUUCAGGCUAUACAUAACUUUAAUUUCUAGCGUGUAUACGAAGGUGAUGAAGAUUUAUAAUCUCUCUCCUCCGCAGAGGCUUACAUGAAGUUUCUAGUGAGGAAAAAGUGAGCGCGCAAGGAGUGAUGGGAAGAGCUAAAUAAAGGAAGCCUCUGCAAGCCUCUUCUAGUUAAUACAAUCAACAUGGCGUCGUAUAUAAUCGUUUGGAGUUUGGUUCGAUCAACCAUCGAGGGUGUUAAAACAUGUUUUCCACUUUCCUUUUCAGGCGUACUUGAGUCUCCUGGAAUGAAUCUAAUAUCAAAAUCUCCAUUUGCACCGAAAAAUAUUGAGA